AUGCUUUCCCGUAUAUUCAUUGCCGGUACGGCGCUUGUUGCAUUGAGUGUUUCUGCAAUCAUCCCUCGACAAGACGCCCAGUGGCCAUUUGCUCCUUUCACAACCUCUGGUAGAGAUAUCUUGAACAACAAAGGCGAUGUCGUUACGUAUGCAGGAAUCAACUGGUCUGGGCACGGCGAGGCAAUGAUUCCCGAGGGAUUGCAGUAUCAAUCCAUCGAGACGAUUGUGUCGAGAGUUAAGAGUCUGGGUAUGAAUGUCAUUCGAUUGACAUAUGCCAUUGAGAUGAUCGACGACAUCAUUGACAACAACCCAAACUCUACUCUCAAGAACUCUUUCGUCAAUGCUUUGGGAAGCGCCAAUGKGACUACGGUGUUCCAGGAUAUCUUGAAGAACAACCCGCAGUUCACCGAGGAGACCACCAGAAUCCAAGUCUUCGAUGCCGUCGCAGCUGAAUGCUUGAAACARGAGAUUUAUGUGCAUCAAGACAACCACAUGAGCAAAGGAGCUUGGUGUUGCAACGCGGACGAUGGGAAUGCUUGGUUUGAAGACACAUACUUCAACACUGCCAACUGGAAGAGAGGAAUUGCAUGGAUGGCCGAACACGGCAAGAACUGGCCCGCAAUGGUUUCCGUAUCCCUGCGAAACGAGCUCCGACAGCCUGUGGAAAGCUCUCCUGCGAGAUCUCGCUAUGGCUGGYCAGAUUGGUAUACCAACGUAAUUGAUGCUGCCAAUGGUGUUAAUGCUKCCAAUCCAGCUCCUCUGAUUUUCUUCUCUGGCUUGAAUUACGACACGGACCUCGCAAAUGUCACCGCAGGUCUACCCCUCAAUGAACAAGGCGAUGUUUUUGACAUUAAAUCAUUCUCAUACGCCGAUAAGAUUGUGUUUGAAUUGCACAACUAUAACAACGGACUCGCGGAUUCCAACUGUGCGAAUUUCAACAUGUAUUCUCAAGGAUACAACGCAAUGGACACAAGCUCCACUUCAACAGCCAAAAAUCUGGCUCCUGUACUCAUGACCGAGUUCGGAUUCUCGCAGACCGAAACCGAAUACCUCCGACCGUACGCGCAAUGUAUCAAGGAGUACGUGACCUCGCUUCGAGGCGGCUGGAUGCAAUGGGUCAUCUCUGGCUCGUAUUAUAUCCGACAGGGCCAGCAAGAUUACGAUGAGACGUGGGCGAUUAUGAAUCAUGACUGGUCGGAUUGGCGAUCGCAAACGGUUGUUGAUGAGUAUCUAAGGCCGUUUGUGAGCGAGACUUUGGGGAAUUGA